GUUGUGCGCAUGCGCGCUGGCGAGCGAGUUGCGCGUGCUGCAGGCGGACGCGCGCGCCGCGUUCUACGUGGGCAUCGCCGCGCCGCCCUCGGCCGCCGCCGUCGUGCGCGCCUUUAACAAGAGCCUCGCGGAGAUCUCGCAGACCUACCUCGCCGGCGAUUAUCCGCUGCAUCUCCGCAAUAUCACCCUGCUGCCGCUUUACAUCGAGCUGCCCGAAGAUGAAAGGUUCAGUGCAAGAAUGCUCGAGCGAACUUGCCACGCGUUGGGAGGUCGGCGCGUGGCAACGCUGCUCGUCGUCGGCGGCGGCGCGGCGGCGGCGGCCGUCGUGACGGCGGCGGCGCGCGCCGGCGUUCCGGUGCUACGAGCCUCGCCUUCGCACUUACACCUCUCUUAUACUAUCGCCAACGAAAUCCAUCCAAUGGAAAUCCGUUUAGAAAUCACUGCAAGGGAAACUUUAAACGCACUCAGAGCCACUCUUCUGCAUACUCACUGGCAUACGUUUACUUUGCUCGCCGAGGAAGACAUCUAUUCUACUUUAAAACUGCGAAAAGAUCUCUCGUCGAUACUUGAUUCCCAACCAUUGGAUCCUAAUUGGCUUUUCCUUCCUUCAAAAUUUUCACGACAUGCUAUUUUUCGGAGACUCGCUCAGAUUUCAAGGCUGACACGGGGCGUCGUUGUAUUGAUAUGUGAUAUCCAUUACGCUAAGCUUAUUAUGGAUGAGGCUAAACGUUUUAACCUGGUCGACGGCCAUUUUUUUUGGAUAUGGAUUGACGCAUCCCGAGAGAUCGAUGUCUUCCGGAACAUCGGUAACCGAACACAGUACAGCGAUUCCGACAACUUAGACUUUGAUAGCAUAAGAGAUAAGGAAGAAGCACUGAGGAGCGAGGAAUUCGAGCGCAGCAAACGCGGUGAAGUAGACAAUAAAUUGUUAAACGAUAUUAACGGUCACGUUUCUGCGAAAUACCUUGAGGAGGAUUUGAAUGGAACUUCAAAUGCCGAAAAUCGACAAGAAGAUGUACAUUUAAGGCAUAGGUUAGCACUCACAAGUGAUACUAGUGAUUUCUUAAUGAAUCCCACGGUGCAGACCUCCACGUAUAAAAUAAGGGAAUCUAUUGAAAAGCGAGGAGAAAGAAAACUAAACAAAGAUUACGACAUUGAUGAUAAUUCUGAAGCAAUGAAAGACAACAUUACUGCUAUAAUUGACAGUCUUCCCGUUGGACUAUUAGCAUUACAUCCCCAGCCAAUGAAAAUCGAUCGUUCAUUCGUCCGUGCGGCAGUGCGCAUGGCGGUGGGUGCGUUGCGGCGCGUGCUGCGUGCGUGCGACGCGUGGUCGGCGCAAGCGCAAUUUCUUAGCGAUGCCGCUGCCUCUUGUUGGGAGGAACCUAGUGACGCUGCCGCGGACUUCUCGGCUGAUUUUGUCAGAGAAACUCGCAUCACAUCAGCAGCGGCACUUGCCGGAGGCACGGAGCGGCCAGAACCCGCGCUAACGUCUUCCUUUACCUUUUUCAACUUGGUGCCCGGACCCACCGGGGGCAAUGUAUGGAGACAAGUGGGCCAUAUUCACGGCCGCAUGGUGAGGCUCCACACAAUCAUCUGGCCCGGUGGUCGACUUGUCGCGCAUGGCCAGUCUUCAGGCGCCCGCACCAUAUACCGCAUCGUCACCGCCUUAGCACCACCAUUCGUAAUGGAAGGAGAACUAGACGAAGACGGCCAGUGUCUAAGGGGACUUCCAUGCCAUCGACCACAAACUUCCGAUAAAGACAACCUCACCCUGGUUUUUAAUGAUUUGGAAAGAGAGGACGAAGACCAUCACCCAACUGAUUUUUUCUUUCCUACACCCAAACCUACGAAUCUUCCGAAAAUGGCUACUCACUGCUGCUACGGACUAGCGAUGGAUCUAUUAGAAAAUAUUGCCCAGGAAUUGGAAUUUGAUUUUCAUCUAUAUCUAGUCGAAGAUGGGCUUUAUGGAUCUCGUAAGCUAGUGAGGUCCUUUAGUAAACUGCACGAGUUUACAAACUUUUUAAAUGAUGAACCCAUGUUUACUAUACCGGAACACCUCAAUUAUCGAGCUCAGUUUCGAAACGGUUUUAAAGCUAAUAGUAGAGAGCAAUAUAGUGAGCCGAACUAUGAUGAUAAUAUAGACGAAGAGAGCCAGAAAUGGAAUGGAAUUGUCGGAGAUUUAGUAUCUGGCUCCGCCCACAUGUCUUUCGCGGCACUCAGCGUGUCUGCGGCACGCGCGGAAGUGAUCGACUUCAGUCAACCUUAUUUUUAUAGUGGCAUAUCACUUUUAGCCGCUCCGAACCAAAAAGCUGACAUACCUUUAUUAGCGUUCCUAUUGCCGUUUUCGACUGAAUUAUGGAUUGCCAUAUUUUUGUCCCUGAAUGUGACCGCAAUCGCGGUCGCUAUAUACGAGUGGCUGUCGCCGUUUGGUUUAAACCCUUGGGGCCGGCAGAGGUCAAAGAACUUUAGCCUUUCUAGCGCGCUAUGGGUGAUGUGGGGUCUUUUAUGUGGACAUUUAGUAGCAUUUAAAGCUCCUAAGAGUUGGCCUAAUAAGUUCCUUAUAAAUGUCUGGGGUGGCUUUUCUGUGAUAUUCGUUGCCAGUUACACUGCCAAUAUUGCCGCCUUAAUAGCAGGAUUAUUUUUUCACAACGCUGUUGAUGACUAUCAAGGACGGAAUAACUGGCUUUCUUUGCGAGUGGGUACAGCAAAAUCAUCAAUAUCGGAGUAUUACGUUCAAAGAGGCAAUCCACAAUUGGCUCAAAGGAUGAGAGGCUACGCACUUCAGAACAUUGAAGAAGGCAUUCAACGACUGAGGAAUCGAACGUUGGACCUUUUGAUAGCAGAUACUCCUGUUUUAGACUACUACCGCGCCACUGAUCACGGGUGCAAGCUGCAGCGCGUAGGAGACCACGCUUUCAUUGAGGACACCUAUGCUAUAGGAAUGGCCAAGGGAUUUCCUUUACAGAAAAGUAUAUCAGCAGCUAUAGCCAAGUAUUCUACGAACGGGUACAUGGAUAUAUUAACUGAUAAGUGGUAUGGAGGAUUACCAUGUUUCAAAUUGAGCCAAGACUAUGGUAUUCAGCCAAAGCCGCUUGGUGUAGCGGCUGUGGCUGGCGUGUUCCUCCUUCUACUUGUGGGAAUGAUUGUUGGCUGCCUCAUAUUGAUCCUGGAACAUUUAUUCUAUAAAUACACGCUGCCGGUUUUGCGACAUCAGCCUAAGGAUGCCGUUUGGAGGAGCCGAAAUGUUAUGUUCUUCAGUCAGAAACUGUACCGAUUCAUCAACUGUGUAGAACUUGUAUCGCCCCAUCACGCCGCACGAGAACUAGUAAACACGAUACGGCAAGGACACUUUACAUCGCUUUUCCAGAAAAGUGUGAAAAGGAAGGAACACGAACAGCGUAGAAGAAGACGGAGUAAAGCGCAGUUUUUUGAAAUGAUACAAGAAAUUCGGAGGGUGAAUCAGCAAGGACGUGAUCAAUCAUUGGAUUCUAUAAAAGAACAUGUGGCUGUAGAAACAUCCGAAAUGUCAGAAGAAUUGACGGAGUCGAAGUUCCUCUCACCGUCACCUGAAGUACCCUCUCGCUCACCUCGACCAGGGCGAUCUCCCCGGCAGCUCCGCUCGCCAAGAGGCAGACGAAAAAGAUGCAGUUUAGCUGGACUAAAUGUUAGGAGGUUCAGCACUGAUUCCGUCUUAGGAUCUGAUUCAGGAUCAAUUUACGAGCGGACGAGUCUUAACAUUGGAAGAAGACUAAGUCGUGACGUCAGCUGCCUGACUAGCUCUCCUCCUGAUAUAAACACCCGGUUGCGGACACCAUCGCCAAUGGUAAGACGUGCUGAGGGAUCAUCUACACGAUCGUAUCAAGAUGUAUCAGAAAGGUCUGAAAAAUCAGAAAGGUAUUUUAGUUCUGAUGGACCUCGUUCACGCGCUAGCGUGGAAAUUUUGGUAUCUGAAGAACAAGACUUACCUCCAGCGCCACCGUUCCCUAGAGUAUCCCCAACUGGAGGAAGGUCUGAGCUUUCACAACUUUCGGAAGAAGAACUCAUCAGAUUAUGGCGAAGUUCAGAAAGAGAAGUGAGAGAGGCUUUGUUGGCAGCAUUACAAGAAAGGCGAGCGAACUUAGAUCCAAAACAAGAUCCAGGAUGAACGAGAAACACGUGAACUUUUGAAAUACAUCUGAAAGACGUGUGUUUGAAGAAUUCUCAUUCUGAUUCAGUCACUUUGCGUGAAAGCAUUGCGUGCGGAACGAGAACGAUCUAAGUUAUUAUGUUAGUGCCUUUUUAAAUUGUUUGAUGCGGACCCAUCUGGCAGGUGUUAGACAAUCGGUGUUCAUUUCAGUGUCUUGAUAUGACAAGCUAGAGGCUGCCUUAUUUUAUCGUUAUUGCCUCUUACUUUUUGAUCCGCCUCAAACAAUCUAAAUAGGGUACUUGGUAAAGAUGUUUACGUCCAGAAAAUCAAUUUAAGCAUUUAGUAGAAAUAUAUACGUCUAAUUUAAUUCGAAUGAAGAAUAACUGUGUAUGUAGUGUAAGUAUAUUACAUUAUAGCUGUGACCAGACGAUUCAAAGUGCUUUAUUCUAUAGCCUAGUGAACGGUAGAUAUUUUCAUUUAUAAAAUAAAUAUACACGUUAUUAUAUUUUCAUGGCAUAAACAUGAUCUAAUCAAUAAAUCUUUAAGUAAGAAAGUUUCACUGAUUAGGCAAAUAGUAUUUAUGUAGAUAUGUCUUUAAAGUUCUUUCUAGUUUAACUUUUACUUGAAAUGUAAAAAAAUAGAUUUAUAAAAUUCACGAGUCUUUUAAAUAGGUAUGUCUUAUAUGAAAAUAUGAUUGUUCCUAGUUUUAAGUUAAAAUCGUACAAACAUUAAAUAGCUUCUUUGCCCAGUCUCAACUACUUCUUCAUUAUGUUUUGUAUUGUUUAUUAACUAAUGUCCAGAUAUUUGACUUAAUUUAUUCUACCUACGAUGUAUUUAGGUACUUUGUGGAAGUUCAGUAUACUAUUACUUGUACUGAAAUAUGAUGUGCCAUUUAGAUAUAUAUCUUAAAAUUACGUUAAUAUAAGUUUAAUAACGAAAUCGAAACUGCCAACUAUAUUUUAGUAGAUAGUUUAUAAGAAUUAAUACACUUUCUUCUUAGACUUGCACCCUAGAUUUUAGUUUAGAUUUUCUCUUCAUAAAACUUAUCGAUCUGACCUAUUUAUCAUUAGCCCAGCUUUUAACAAGAUUGUGGUGUGUUUGCUUGUUGAGGUUCUGUCAGUGUGACUUAAAUCAAAGCGGUCAAAGUGUUCAGUAGAGUUGGUAUAAUAUAAAUUCCUAUGAGCAAUAUUUAGAACACAUUGAGUCCAUUACUGUGCCCUUAGACUUAUUUGGUUAGUUUUUUGUGUGUUAUGGAUACCUAAAAAUAGUAUGUUAAUAAAUACAGUUUUGCAAGAGAUCCCAAUUUAAUAUUAUAGUGUAGCUGUUACUCGUUCAGAAAUAAAAAGCAAUAUAAAUCAUCAUGCCAGAAAAUGGUCGUUUAGACAAACAUGGAAAACUCUUCAAUCUCAAAAUUAUAACAGAUAUUAUGCAAAAAAAAACAAUUUCAAUUUAUGUUCGCAGUAACGAUACUGCUUUACCGGUCUUUACUUCAUCUCACCUUACACCAUCUACACUUACUUAUAGGUAAACCGAUGCUCUUGUGAGAUCGAAUAUACCAAACGCACCUACCCGAUGUAUGCCACAGACGUAGCUGGAUCAUCCUCAUUUCAACUCAACUUGUCAAUUUUCUCACUUGAUUGUUUUCGAGCGCAGCAUAUUGCUCCUGUUUCUGGUCAGAUCCUUCCUCAUAGGAGGCUAACCAUAUACGCAAAUCUUGAAUUUGAAACUGACACUGAUGGUUAGGUUUUGCAGAAUUUACAUUUACGAGAGUCGAUGCAGGGAUGUUUGCUUAUUGUAACAAAAAUUAUUUCUUCAUAGCGUUAGGGGCAUACAACAUUUUUGUGUAAAUACAAAGCUUUUGUUUUUUUUUUCAGUACAACUUUUUUUUGUGCAUUUAUAGUUUGUAAAAUAUUCCCAUGUCAAAUUGGGUAUUUACAUUGGUAUAAAAAAAAACCUAAAGAUUGUUUGGAAGACAUUCCUUGUGAGCGAUUGCGAUAAAACGCAGAGAUAUAUAAUUUUACUUUGCUCAGGUGUACAAACAGUAUUUGUAUUGCAUUGUAUUGCUGUAUUAGCAUCACAAAACAUUAUUUUAAUAGAAAAGGAACCUCAAAAACCCUCACAUUCAUCGGGGCUCGUAAUUCUCGCUUCAGUAAUAUUGGAAAGGUGCUUUGUAAUAUUAACUCCAUUCCUCCAAUCCCCCAUAUACAUUUUGGAAAUACAUUAUUACUUUUAUCUACAAAAGCUGUCGUCCAUCGGAACGAAUUUUUUUUUACGUACAAGUCACGUCUCUAAGAAAAAACCUAAUUAUUUUUAUUUUUUUUAGAUUAUGAAUACUUAUCACAAUCGUAUGAAUACGAAAAUAAUAUAUUAGUGAUGUAAUAAAAAUUAAAUAAAUAAAUAAAAUUGCACUGCUAUAUUUAUUUAGGUUGAAUUUCAGUGUUAAUCAUAAUUUUCAUUAAAUAGUGCCUACAUAGGUUACAAGCCGAUGAACAACUGGUUUCCAAUAUUAUUAUUAAAUGUUGGACCAAAUUUCAUUUGUAAUAAUUAAAUUACUUACAAAUUCUAUUGGAUGUGAGUCAUCUAGUGAUAUUUGAAGUCUUAUGCAUUUCUCUCUCUAAUGAUUAAUAUUGUGCUCUAUACUUAGAUAUGGGAAUAGGCAAAACAUGAAAUAUAAAGUAGAAUGAAAAUAAAUAAAUCAUAUUGUACUUAGACUCUUAAGAAUUGGAAAAAAAUAUAUAUUAAGAAUUCAUAAUUAAAUAUUUGGUUUUAUAAACAUUUGAUUUGAUCACAUUGUACAAAGUUUUAUCAUUUAGUUUCCAAUUUCCGAUGUGUAUUUUUUUUAACUAUUGCAUAAUUACCUCUCAUUUUAUAUUGUAUUGUAUGCUUUACCUAUUGAAAAGCAAUAAAGAAUUGAAUUAUAUCUAUGAGGAUUUGCCACUAAAUUAUUAUGAAAAAUAAAAUACCCCGAAAUAAUCAAAAACACUUUAUUUUCCAUUCUUGGGCAGGGCAUGAAUUGCCUUGAAUGUUACUAGGUAUAGAAUUUUUAAAACGCAAAUAUACUUAGAGUUUACAUGUCGCAGAGGAAUUUGAUAAUUUAUCUGAAUAUUUGUGUAAAUAAGACUUAAAAAUAGUGUCAAACCGCAUCGUUUUAGGAGAAAAAUUAAAAUACCAAAAUUUAUUAUUUAAAGUAAUUUUGUUGUAGCUUGUAAAAAGAAAUGAAAUUGUACGCUAACAGUUUGUUGAUUUAACUGUAUCCUUUUAAAAUGUUGGUCCAUUUCAAAUAUAAGACAAUUUUAUGAUUGUAUAAAUUUAUAUUGAUACAUUUACACAGAAUUAUACAUUUUCAAUAAUUCUGUUUAUAUAUACCUAACAUAUAUUAUAGAAUGUUGUUUUCGGUUACCAUAAUAAUUAUUAUUUAUAGUUUAAUACA